CAGAGGACGCCGCCGGAGCAUGUACCGGCUCCUGAGCUCGACCCUGGGCCGCGGCCUCCUGCGGGCCGCCGGGCGGCGGUGCCAGACCUGCCCCGCGCGCCUGAUGCCGGAGCCGGCAGGAGGCCGGGCGCCCGAGGCGGAGGCGCCACCAGCCCGAGUCCUGCCGCCCGCCCGGCGCCCGGGCCUGCUGCCGCUGCUGGCAGCGCUUGCCUGGUUCUCGAGGCCCGCUGCGGCAGAAGAGGAGGAGCGGCAGGGAGCGGGCGGGGCCGCCGCGGAGGACGCGGCGGACGAGACCGAGGCCGAGAUCAUCCAGCUGCUGAAACGAGCCAAGUUGAGCAUCAUGAAAGAUGAGCCUGAAGAAGCUGAGCAUAUUUUGCAUGACGCUCUUCGUCUUGCCUAUCAGAGUGAUAACAAGAAAGCCAUCACUUACACUUAUGAUUUGAUGGCCAACUUAGCAUUUAUACGGGGUCAGCUUGAAAAUGCAGAAAAACUUUUUAAAGCAACAAUGAGUUACCUGCUUGGAGGUGGUAUGCAACAGGAGGACAAUGCAAUAAUUGAAAUCUCUCUAAAGUUGGCUAGUAUCUAUGCUGCUCAGAAUAGACAAGAAUUUGCUCUUGCUGGCUAUGAAUUCUGCAUUUCAACUCUUGAGGGAAAAAUUGAAAGAGAAAAGGAAUUAGCAGAAGACAUUAUGUCAGUGGAUGAGAAAGCCAAUACCCACCUUCUCCUCGGCAUGUGCUUAGAUGCCUAUGCUCGAUACCUUCUGUUUUCCAAGCAGCCAUCACAGGCACAAAGGAUGUACGAGAAAGCUUUACAGAUUUCUGAAGAAAUAUUAGGAGAAAGACACCCACAGACCAUCGUGCUGAUGAGUGAUCUGGCUACUACCUUGGAUGCACAGGGCCGCUUUGAUGAGGCCUGUGUUUAUGUGCAGAAAGCAUCUGAUCUGGCAAGACAGAUAGAACAUCCUGAGCUACACAUGCUGCUCAGUAAUCUAGCUGCAAUUCUAAUGCACAGAGAACGAUAUGCACAAGCAAAGGAGAUCUACCAGGAAGCCCUGAAGCAAGCAGAGCUGAAAAGAGAUGAGGUUUCUAUACAGCACAUCAGGGAAGAGUUGGCUGAGCUGUCAAGAAAAAACCAGAGCUACCUGUCUCAUGACAAAGGGGGAUUAUGCCAACUUCAAGUCAUCACUGUCAGCGCUGUGACUGCCAUUUCAGUCUUGGAAAGGUGGACAGCUACCCCACCCAGAUGAUUGUUCUCCAUAGGUAAGCCAUGUGAGAAUUCUGUCUUUCCAUUCUUCUGAGCUAGGAAAUGAUAGCGGAUUUCAUCUCUAUUCUCAAACCUCUUCUCCAGGUGACGGUAGAUGAAGACACACAUACAUUGUGAUGGGGUGAAUGAUUUACAGCCGUUCACCUUGGGAUCCUUACAUGGGAAUGCAAAACCAACAAGUUAGGCUCUCAUCUGACACUGUCUUAACUGUUAUAACUUGACGUAGCUUAAGACCCUCCAAGUUACAGAAAAAUACUACCGUUAUUGCGCCUGGGUCAUUUGACGAUGUAAAUUAUUAACAAACUAAAAUACACCAGUACCUGAAAAGUUUUUAAGUAGAACAUUUAGUUAAUACCAACUUUCCAAGUAGUAGGACUCUGACCCCUAAGCCUGAUUUAAAGUUUACUUGGAGGGACCAUAAGUGUAGAAAAGUGGAGUAGUAACACAACUAAAGGCUUUAACUUUAGACAAGAUGAUAGUUCACAGUUAAUAACUGACAGAGGCAGGCGAAGUAUUGAGCCAGUGUCCUCAUCCAUAAAAUAGGGUUAAACGCCAAUGCUACAGGGUGAUGUGUGAGUCUCAAACACAAAUGAAAUACUUGUUACAAAGGAAUGGAUAAUCAUAGAGCUGCUAAUUUUAUCAUUUGAGAAACAUUAAUUUCUCCCCUUGAUAAUCAUCAGUGGCAUUCUCUCCAAAUCAUUAAUUAUAUAUUGUGGAAGGGUGCUUCAAGGCAAUGCUAAUGUGUGAAAGACCCUAAAAAUUCAGCAAGCAACUGUUAAAGAUAAACGGAUCCUUUUGUACCAUAAUUAUUUUAAAUUGUGUUUUAAAUUACCUGCUCCUUGAGAUUCAGUGAGACAAAAACAGCCCAUAAACUUGCUCACACAGAAUAAUGGCGCAUAGAAAGGACCACGUGUUCACCAUGAGAGUGCAGGAUGCAGCACAAAGCAAAUCUAAAAGACUAAAAAUUCUAUACACACAUAUCCUAACUCAACCAGUAAUAUAAUAUAUUGCGUUUUUCUUUGAAACCUGUGACACCAAGAGUCUUAAGUCACAAAUAACCUAUUGUUGCUGUGGACAGGGUAGUCAAAUUUAUUUCAAAACAAAAGCUUUGUUGGGCUGCAUCAAAUGCAGGAGAAAAGGAAUACUUGGGCAUGGUUCAGUUACCAGUGUGCAUAACAGUGAGGUAUGCCUCAAAUAAGCCUUUAAAACUUUAGAAACGAUCUAUAACAUACCCAUGCAGUAAUAUUUUUUUCAGUGCUACUAAUUAAAAAAAAAGUAAAGCCUGCACUGGAAAUUUACAAUAUGGCAGAAUUUGUUUCUCCUACCUUUGACCCUAAUAUGUUAAUUUACAGAUAGUGCUCACAGGGUCUAUGUUAAAAUCUAAACAUUUCCACAAGAUCUUAAACAUCACCAGGAAGCUGAAUUGAGAAGAAACAAAAUUGCAUAAAAGUACAAAUGCCCGUGACAGCCAACAUUAUGUAACUGGGCUGUGUGAGGUUGUUUAGAAGGCAAGGGUUAAAAAGACGAAAAGAUCUUUAAAAAUUUAUCCCCAAAGUUGAUGUGCUGAUUUGAACAUAAGUACACCAGAUACUACAGCAAGGGGAAACACUGCAAAAAAAGUAAUCUAUUUACAGAAGAGUGAUUUAAAGACAUUAUGGUUUUCUUUACAAACAGAUAUAAGAACAGGAAUUGUCCACUUUUUAAAAACUCUACAUUCUCUAUUAUUAUAAUCCACUGAAUUGCCUGUGUCAAAGGCAGCCCCCUACCCCCACCCCCAUUUGACUCUCCAAAUAAAUUUCCAUCAUUUCUUCAUCCGUGGUCCAGGCUCUCCUGAAAAGUCUCUGGGCACAUGUCAUGGAGACAAGUUUUUUGACUUGCAAUUAAAAAUAAAACCACCAAUAACUAGAAAUCCCACCCCUGUACCCUGGCACCAUCAAGACCCCUGUUCUGUGCAGUUCAAUCAUCACUGUCCGACAGCGUCUCGUAUUGUGCUGAGAGCAAUGGGGCAGGCUCUCGCUCCCAAAUCCUGUUCUGUUGGUGAGGAGCUGCUGGGUUCACAGAAGAGGGGGCACAUGCGAUUGGUGUUGGUGGUGUACUGCUGAGCAUCCGCAUAGUCAGAGGAUUAUAAGGAAAUUGAGUUGAGCCUGAUAAAAGAAAAAUUAGGUUUACAUUGUCAUGAGCUUUUUUGCUAUUUCACCCAAUCCAGCUUUUACAGGAUGGAGGAGACAGGAUUACUAAAACGGUCAUGUGACACUAAGAGCAGAAACAGCAUUUCAUCAAGUUAAUCGCAUGAAUGAUACAAUAAUUCUUCCCCUAAGAGAAUUUGAUAAACAAAUUUUCAAACUAAUAUCUAUUUUUCAUGUGGCAUGAGAAGUUUAUAAAGUAAAAACCUUAAAUUAUACUGAUAAAAUAUUCACAGGAAACUAUUUCUAAGUGGAAAUAGCACAUUUCAAAUUUUUCACUGAUGUGUAUAUUUAAUCCCUAAGGAAAGUACAGCUUUAAGAUCCCUAAAAUCAACAAAUUCAUAGCAAACAUCCCAGUUUUAUUUUAAUAAAGAAAAGUCUGUUCCUUUGUAAGACUUACCAUUAUCAUAGUAGGUUUAAGAAGAAAAACAGCUUACAAACAGGCACAAAAUGGAAAGGUUAGUAAAUAUUAUUUUUCAUCAGUUUGUACAGACAUAGUGAGCUACAAAAAUACGGUUUUAAAAAAUAUUUCUUCCCACUUCUGACUUUCUCUGGGAAUGGCUAAAGUUCUUGAAGCUCCCAUUUACAUUGGGGUACAGUUCAUGAAAACAGAAACCACAGACUCAGUCACUUUGCACAUAGCAAAUAUUGGCUACCAGCAUAAUACAGAAGCAAGGGGAGGGGAUGACAUGUUUUUCUAUCUCUUUCUUGGCAGUCUUAAAGUUUUUGAGGUUAUAUGCAUUCAAUUGCUGUUCUGGAAGUGGAACAUAUAAUCAAUAACAGUAAUGGAAAUAUAGUUUUCUAAACAAAGUUUCUGGUUUUUAGAAAUACUAACUAAGGCGUAGAUCAAAAAUGAGACUUUAUUUUUAACAAUAAGACCGUAAGUUCCUUACCUGUUGAAGAGGGCCUAUCUUCCCAGGCCCAUCCUGGUGUCUGCCUGUGGUAAUCCCCUUCAGAAUGUACAGAGGAGACUGAAGAGGGCCUUUCAGUUCCUAAGUAGCCUUGCCCAGGGAUAGGAGAUUUAGAUUUCCUGCUAUUUGAUUUGCUGAUCAGCUUUGGUUUGCAAACUCCUGAAAGUGAAAGUUAAAAUAAAUUACUAUUGAUAUACAGUAAUUAUGUCCUCAACCCCACCAAAAUGUUAAUGAUUAUAUAUGGUAACUGAAAAGGCAGAAUGGUAAACAUGAAGAAUCCAGAUCCUAGUAGCCAAUGUAGUUUUUGAAAAAUGCUAUUUAAAAGAAAACCAGAAUCGUAGCAACCAAUACCAAAAAAGGGGUAUGUCCUUAAGCCAUAACCUUAAAAAUGUGUAACCAAAGAAUAAAAUUUCUUUUAACAUUGGUGUUUUCCCUUGCCUUGGAGCACAGAAACUACUUACAAAUUAAAAAGUCUUAUUAAAUCCUAGCUAAUAAGACACCUCCCUGCCAUCCUCCAAUUUAACAGAGUAGUUAAAGGGAAAAAACUAGCACUACAGGACCCAGCAGAGGCUUGCCAAGACCUGGUGGCCCUUUCUAUUUAUCCAGUCUGUUUAGUUGGUGAACUCAGCAUAAAUUCAUAGGUGUGGGAUGUCCCUGUCUAUAAUGUAGCUUUAAAAAGAAGAGAUCAGAAUCCAGGUCACCAACAAACUUUUUCCCCCAAACAGAAUUAUUACACCUCUGCACCAAGAUUUCCAGGGGGGAAAAAAGUGGGUAGAAAGCAACAUCUAGCCCUUGAACUAUCUGGAAAGAGAAGAAAUGCAAAUCCCUAAUGAUAAAAUAAAGACUAAGGUGGAAAUAACUUCAUAUACUGAAGAAAAACUUUAAAAAAUACAAAGUCAGCUUAGAUAAGAAUAGAAAUCAAAAGAAUAGAAAUCCAGUUAAGAAAGAGAUUAAAAAAAAAAGGCUUACGAGACAAAAUACAACAAGGGCCACAAUAAACACAAUGAAAAGGGAAUUCGUACAAAGGAAAAAGUUUUGAGAUAGACAGUAAAAGCAACAUAAAGAGCAAGAUGACUAAAAUAAUUAGAAGGUAGUAGAUACAGAGGACAAAGACUAUCAGGCAAAAAAGUAAUUGUUGAGAACUGAAACAAUGUGGGGACGGGGGCAGAGGGUAGGUUGGUGUAAUGGUCUCUACAGGUUUGAGAAAAGCAGGUUUCAAGAACAUAACCUGCCAGGCUCGUGUUUCAAAUAUAAAGACAAGACUUUCUCAUUCAUGAAAGAUCUUAAAAUAUAAUACCCCUUUUAAUCCAAUGCAGUAAGAAACCUUACCAAAAAAGAAGCGCUGUAAUAAGUAGAUUAUACAACCAGGAUAACUGUCAUUUCCUAACAGUCAUCAACAUUAUAAUCUUAAGAUACACACAUUUAAAAUUAAUGCAGUGCUAGGUUCAUGUAGAAAGGAGAAGAUAAUGUUGUGCUUUAGAUCAGGAAAUGCCAUAUAUAUGUUAAAAAAAAUACAUAAAGACUUUUAAUCUCAUUCUUAGUCACAGUGAGAUAGUUUGCUUGGUGAUUACAGAGAAAAACAAACCUAAACUAAAGCUGAAAUAUUAGUUUACAAAAGAUUAAGAAAAAACUAUAUAUACACACAUGAAAAACUUGGUGUCACGGUACUUUAUAUGUUUGCUUUUAAAUGGAUGUAUAAAAUGAUCUCAUUCUAAUAACCCAUUUUUACCUGUGUAAUGAUGCUUAUCAGAUAAUACUAGCUUUCAGGUGAUGUGGUCAUAGGGUUUUUGUUUUCUAAUUCUUCUAUGGCUUACACUGAGCCUGUCAUUUUUUAAAUAGAAUAAUAGGUCACUUUCGUUCCAAAGUAGAGUAUGAAAUUGUACUUGUGUUACAAUUACAGUGUAUGACUAGAGAUAAAGAUGAUGCAAACAAAAAUAAAAUGACAGCUGGAAGAUGACAUUAUGGGUAAAACUAAAGUCCUCAGAUGUCACUUUCAGCAUAAAGGUCUUUUAAGUAAAAUCUCUUAUUGAUGCAUUAGAACUUGGGAAACUGGUUUUUUCUUCAGAAAGACAACCGAAGAGCAUUAAAAUGAAAACUUUACCUGAAUGAGGUGAUGGGUCCCCUUCCUCUCUCCGUGUCUCACUACUGGUCACAACUGAGGUGUUGGCACCACCAGGCACUACUCCCACAGGUUGGGACAUGACAACUCCAUGAUCCUCAACUUUGUCAUCAAAGUUUCCCAUGAGAGCCUUCCUGAUAAUGUCUUCAAGACCAAGAUUACUGGCAGGAUCGGCAAAAGAAUGACCUCUAGAGCUAACUGAGCCUAAAAGAAAACCACAGCAUUUCUGCUUAUUUCUGUCAGGAAACAGGUGUACAGACUACAUACAGGCCUUCAGGCUACUACAUACACAUAGUACCUCGCAAGUCACCUAAAACAUUACCAAGAGCUCACACAGAGGGCACCUUAAGUCUACCACUAUCAACUCAAGAACCUUUUUUUUUUUUUUUAGUAAAUGAAUCCAUCAUCCAUUUGUGUUAUUCAAUAGUUCCUAGUUUUUAUACUGCUCUUUUGAUAGUUUUGAUAGUCGUUCGCAUAUCUUUUCAACAAGUAUUUAAUCUCAAUUCAUUUUUUACUGCUAUUAUCUCCUCCCCACCUAAAUGAUGAACUUUUUUCACUUUCACAUACUGGAGCAGUUUCCUGGCUAAUAGUUAGUACUCAAUAUAUAUUUGCUGGAAUGACUGCUAUUAUACCAUUUUCUUUUAGGUCAAUAAUGUAUUUUGAAUCUUACCCGAGGUAGUGACUGCUGGCAGAUUAAAGAUCUCAGUUCCUGGCUGGGCAGCUGCUGUAUUAAAACAAACAUUCACAUUAACUGAAAUGUGAUAAUCAUGUUCACAUCAAAAUAGAGAAAGUCUCAAAAUAUAAUCCUAUAGUGAAUUUAACCUUUUUAUUUUUACUAUCUCAACCUUAUUUUUCACCCCUUGAGGUAAAGAUAAAAUGAAAGAAACAUUUUUUAGAAGAAGGAAAAAAAAUUAGGUGAAGUAGGAAAAUCAGAACAGGGGUAAUAUAAUAUAACCCAGGAGGGAAAGACUGCUUUGCUUGAGAAAUACAAACAGGAGAAAGUUGCCCUCAGAAUAAGAAUUCAUGCUCGCUAAAAGAGAAAACCUGUUAAGAUGAACCCUGCAAAUAUCAAAGUUUGAGGCAGCCUGAAAUUAGAUCCAGGGAAUGAUACUUGAAUGCACAGUAUGAAAAUGACCAUGUACUGCACUACCAUGGUUGCAUGUAAUCUAUUUUUUUUAAAUUUAUUUAUUUAUGCAUACAAGAACUGGGGUACAGGCCAGAUGUGUGGGGGGUGAGAAGAUUCACCAGAGACAGAGUGAAGAACAGAACAGGCAGAUGGACUGAAACACACUGCUGAGGGGAGCAGAGGGACUAGACAGGAGAGGUCUGCUGUGCCAUGUGGAUAGCUCCCUGGCAGGCUGGGGGGAGACUCGUGCUGCAGUGGCUGCGGAUAGCUUCACAGUGCUGUGCUUAACCCCUUGCACCACCAAGGAGGCCCAUAAUCUAUUCUUAUAUUACUACAUGAUAAGACAAAGACUGCUUCAUUCUUUUCAUUCUUGCUGACUUUUAAGUUGUAACUGGCAAUUUGAGUGACAAAACCUGGGAAAACCUACGAGCUACCUAGAAAGCACUGUGCCAGAAACAGAAGGAAUUUGGAGUGUUUUCAUUACUUCUUCCAACUUGAUGCUAAGAAUUUUAAAGAGAAAGAAGAAUUUAGGAAGUAAGUGGGUGGGGCUAACCGAACAAUGCCCCAGAGAGUGUGGAGUUUUGGGUAAAACAGACGGAUGGACUCAUCUAGGGAUGAGACCUGUCUGUAAAGAUGGGAGCACAUGUGCCUACAAAUGCUCUCCAACAGGGAGACUUUAAACUGGUGGCAAGUUUAAACUUUAAAAUCUCUAUGAAGAACUAUAAAAUGAUUAUGGAUUGUGGCCUCCUUAAUUACUGAUCAGAUAACAGUAAUGAUAAACUAAACCUGAAGUAACACAAAGUGUAAAAAUACCUUUAAUAGUUAUCACAAGUUUGUUAAAUAGGACUCAUUUAUUUUACAAACACUUAAGCAGUUAUUUGGGUGAACCAUAAUAAAAUCACAUUGAUCAAAAAUGGUCAGGUGAAGACCGUUUCAUACAGUUUAACCAGGACAGUACUAAGGUACUGUACUUAAAAUGCACUGCUUCCUUUACCUAUGGAGCUUACAGUUCAGUGUGGUGCUUUCUGAGAAUAUCAAAUCAGAAUCAAAUGGGUAGCUUAGUAGAAGUACCAAUUUCUACAUUCUUGGGGGCCUAUAGUAGAUGUAUUUAACAAGAACUCCAGGUGACUGUAUAUUAAAGUUUGAGGACCCCUGGUUUAAAACAGAUAGGCAAACUUAAGAGCAAGAUAAUAAGAAAUGAGGAGAAAGGAAGACAAGUAUUUGACAACUAUUUUGGGGGCAGACUUGACAGGAGGAAGUAGCACCAUCAGGAGAUAAAAGAGGAAGAGGGAUGAUUGCCAAGAAAGUGAUUAGUGGGGCCACUGUAGAGGUAAACGUGGUGGGGAAGGAGGGAUAGAUUUCUGUGUAAUGUAUAGGUGUGGACUAUCUCACUUUAGACAUUUAAAAGAGCCAACAGGGUAUUCAAGAAGGAAGGACAUGUGCAAAGAUACAUACAUGGAACUUAGUAGAAAAAGCUGAACUCCAGAUAUAAAUGUGAGAGUUUUUGGCAGUUUAAACUUCCGGACUGCAUGAAAUGACUCAGAUUAUUACAGUGCCUGAAAUGAAAAAGGCUAGAAAGCGAUCUUUGGGAGAAAGCCAACAUUUAAGGUCUAGGCAAAGCAAGACUAAGUUUCUAAGGAAACAAGAAAUGGCCGAAGAAGUGGAGUGACAGACACAGGAAAAAUUAUCUGAAAGCCCAGAAAGAAAGUAUUCCUGGAAGAGGAGAGUGGCUCAUGAGUGUCAAUGACUGUAGGAAAUUCAAAUAAAAUGCGUUUUAAAGAAUGAAGGUUUGUGAAUUAAUAAAGUCAGUGAUGUCCUUGAUGGGAACAUUGAGUUGAAGCAAAGCUGCCCUGGUUGCCUGAUGGCUUUCUCAGUUCCACCUCCCAGUGAGGUCUGAAUGGGAUCCCAGAGCCCACUAAUUCCGUAAUACAGUCCCUUAAUUGUUCCUUUCUUCAGUAAAGAACCAUUCUCAUAAUAAAAAAAAACCCAAAUUUUGUUAAUACUUGCCUUAAAACAUCUUCUGUUAAACAAGUUAGAAACUUGUUUCAUACAUUAUACCCUUUUAGAGAGUCAAGACCAUCUAUUAUACUGAAAGCAUCAAACAUCAUGCUCUGAUCAAGAAAUUAAUGAAUGAGAGCUACUGCAUAAGAACAAUGGAACCCCAUUACUUAAGAGAAGAAAACUAUAAGGUAGGUAGGCUUCUUAAAUUCACAUGUGGCAUUUCCCUGUCAUACAAUUUUCCCCCUAAAAAAGUCAAAACAGAGAAGGUGAGUAUAAACCAUAUAUAAGGUGAAACCGUUCUUAAAGACUGGCUGCUCUAAAAAUUCCAUGUCCCUAUAUGUUCUAACAGAUUCAUCUCUGGAUUCUAAGAGAAUAUGAAAAUGACAGCCUUAUACCAAUUAUUGGUAACAUCUGAGGAGCUGUAAAUAAUAAAAUCAUUGAAGACUGGACAGAAAAAUGCUACAGCAUUUUUAAAAAGAAGAGAGGAUUUAUAAUUGCCCAUUUUUGCUUUGGAGAGGGAUCGGAGGGAGGGCGGAGCACAAGGGACUGAGGUGAUGAUGCACAAGUGCAUUGGUGUAGGAAACAAUAUGGGGACUAUACCUGAGGGGGUGGGGGAAGCAAAUAUUGUUUAAAAAUAAACAGUGAUGUAAAAAAUUAACAUUAAAAAGAAGAGAGGAUGUGUGUAAGCCCAAUGGCAAUUCUGGUCAGCAUUCUAAUAUUUAUCUUUUAGCUGAUUUGUUCCCACUUAAAAAGAUAAUCUAGUAAUUCAGAGCUACGUUAAGUUCACAAACAAUAAAUGACAGUGGGCUCAUCCUUUUUUUUUUUUUUGCUGCUCAACAUUCAUUAAUCACAGUGUCCCUAAUUCAAAGACACAUCAAUAGCCUACAAUUUAUUAAAUAGCCUACAAUUUAAAUACAAGUUAAAUAGCCUACAAUUUAUUUUCUUUUGACAGGGUCAGGCGACUAAUAAUACACCAUAGAUGACAGAAAUAAAGCAAACUGUGGUAAUCCCAGUUUUCUGAAAGCAUCCAACACAGUCUCUCUGUUUCACUGGAUAUACUUGAGGGAAAGAUGCAUGAGUAAGACUGGGUGAUAAUAGGAGUGAAUAAGCUGGACAUCAGUGCGAGAGGGGUUCCAUUAAGCAUGCAUAUCAACUGAAAGGAAAGGCUUGGAUGUCAGAGAGCUUAUCUUACUGUAUAUUUACCAGUAAUCUGGGUGCUGACACUGAGUACAGAGCUAUGAAAAAUCAGUAUAUCAUUAGAAGCAUGGACUUUGGAGUUAGAGCCACAUUACUUAGCUAGCUCUGUAACUUGCAACAAUUAUUAAACCUCUCUGAAUCUCAGUUGCCGCAGAGAAUUAUGCUAUGUGGUGUGUCUGUUGUUAAGAUUUAUGCAUUCAUAUCUGUGUGUUUAGAAUAGUAAGUGCUACAUAUAACUGCUACCAUUAGUAACGAUAUAUUUUUAGAUGGUGGAUUUAUCAGAUCUGGACUUGAAUGUCUGAACUGAUAUCCAGAAAAGACAUAGGAAUAGUAGUUGUAAUGGUACAAGCACAGACUGCUUAUCCUCCACUUGGAACCAGUAACUACAAAACUACAGAAGGUAAAGAUACAGAUCAAGAGCAGCACAUGAAAAGAGACCUUGGCAUGGAUAGUCUUAUUAAUAAGUGCACUAUGACUUAGUGCACUAUGCCAGUGUAGGUUGCAAAAAUAAAUCCUAAUAACAAUCUUAGACAUACAGAACUGACCACUAUGCAGAACCUACUAAAAGAUUAAAUGUUUUUAGUGGAAAGCAACUGGGAUGACAGGAGUUCAUCCACCAUGUGAUACACAACUGAUGAAGCGGGACAUUUAUAGAGACAAUAAACUUGAAACACAUGACCUGUCUUUAGAUAUCUGAAGAGAGCUCAUGCAGAGAGGGCCCAAAUCAAUUAAACUAAAACAAGUAAAACUGGAGUUAAUCCAGUGCCACACAUCAGAAAAAGUUUUCCUAGACCCAACAUUUGUUCAAAGAGAAAAUGGACAGCUUCAGCAAGUAGUAGGUUCCCACUCCCUAAUUAGGAAAUCUUCAUGUACUGGCAGAUAUUUCAGAAGGAACUCAGAUAUGGUUGGACAGAUGCCUAGUGCAGCCUUCAAACUCAAGGAUUACAUGACAGGUAACACUGGAGAUAAUAUUAAUGCAUGUUUUAUUUGGGGUGAAGGAAAUCCCACUUACCCAUAUCAGAGUCACCUCCACCAGAGGAGUUCAACUUACGAAAAAUCUCCUGCUUCUUUGAUUUAACCAUGGGUGAUGUGUUUUCAAGCUUGGUGAAGAAUGAAGGCAAGUAGCUUAUACUCCCCGGUGAGCGGGAAUCAUUCCUGUUAGGAAACAUUUAUGUCUGUUAUCACCAUGUACUCCUGACCCUGUCAGUGGUAAUAAAGUUGGAGAAUAUCUGGAAAACUACCACUUCCCUAUCUUGAUUAUCCCUACAGAAUGAUAAAUGACCAUAAGCUGGUUAAUGUGUCAUUUGAGGACACAAAUACUUUAUCACUCAAGCUGGAAUCAUAAAAUUAGGGUUGGAAUGGAGAUAAUCUAGAGCAGAUUCUUAAUAAGGAAUGAACAAGCAGCAAAUGGAUGUUAAUGGGAAAACUCACAGUUUAUCCUGAUGCUGGCUGUUAAGAGCACAAGCACUGAUAGAAUUAUGGUUUCCACAUAAACUGUACUGGCAGAUAUUUGACUAGCAGAAUUACUCUGAAGUACAGUAAAAUUCUAGUAGCUCAAAUGCCUAUAAGAUAGCAAGAUUCACACUUACGCAAUGAAUAACUGGACUUAAAAUAGCCAUGAUGCAUAAAAUGAAACUGCCCAUUUGUCAGAAUAACUUCAAGCUUCCUACCACCUGAGCCGAGUUUCAAAUAAAGGGUUCUUUGUUUUAUUGGCAGCUUUCUAUACUAACAAAUAUUAACAAACACAUUUCCCCUAUAGCUCAAGACCACUGAGAAUCUAGCUAGAGCCAGAGAUGAUGAUGAUAAACAUAUGGAAGACUACUGAUAAUCUAAUAGCUUAAUCUGGCCACGUGGAUUCAUUCAUGACUCAACAAAUCAGUAAGACCUUGGUGUCCGACCUCAAACUCAAGAACUUAGCAGAAAACAUGCAUGUGUAUAAUUAAAUUUAACAUCGCUCCCUCCCCAAAUAUGGAUUUUCCUCCUCAUUUCAUUGUAAGGUACCAACAUCUCUUUGGUUGCCUAUGAAUAUACACAAUAACAACUUAAAACUUAGUUAAGAUAUGCACUAACAGCUUGUAGUGAGAUACACCUUGGUUUAAAACUGGACUAUCCUUCUUAGUAUCAGUAUGAUUAUGGUCAAAUGAUGUAUCACCUCUCAGAGCAUGAAGGAAGGGUGUUCCACAUCAAGAAAACAGCUUGAGUAUGUACUGAAAGGAAUUCAGGGAACAAUAAUUGAUAAGGACAGACAAUAAAUUGUAAGGGUGAAGUUGCAGAAAGUGAAGAUGAGCAGCGUGAAUCUAGUCAUGAAGGAAUGCAAAUGCCAUGCUACUGACUUGCUACUGAUCCUUUAUGAGUUUUAGACAAAUCACUGGUGGAAGUGGAUUGGGGACGACUAAACCAAAGGCAUCUAAUCCAAAGGAGAUAAAAAUCCAGUGAUUCAUAGGGUUAGGAACAAAAAGUAUGUGAAGUAGUUCAGCACAGGUGUUCGUUACUUCCCUUUCACAUGCAGGCAACAAUUCCUGGUACAUAGCAAAUGGAUGGGUCCGCACAGAUAAAAGUUUUUAACAAAUAUCUAGAACAAAUUAAUUUCAAGGAUGACGAAUAUUUUUUUCAAUCUAUUUAAAGAUUACAGUUUUUCAGUUUGGUAUUGGAACAAAAACAGACACACAGACCAAUGGAACCGGAUAGAGAGCCCAGAAAUAAAGCUGCACUUAUAUGAACAACUAAUCUUUGACAAAGGAACAAAGAAUAUGCAAUGGAACAUGGACAGUUUGUUCAAUAAAUGGUUACUGGGAAAACUAGACCUCCACAUGUGAAAAAAUGAAACUAGACCACUACCUCUCACCGUGUACAAAAAUCAACUCAAAAUGGAUAAAAGAACUGGACAUAAGACCUGAAACCAUAAAAUAUAUAGAAGAAAAUAUUGGUAAAACAUGCCAAGACAUACAUCUCAGAAACAUCCUUAAAGACUCAUUACCCAAAGCAGGGAUAGUGAAGGCAAAGAUAAACACCUGGGAUUACAUCAAACUGAAAAGCUUCUGUACAGCAAAAGAGACAUUAACCAAAACAGACACCCCACUGAUUGGGAAAAAUCUUUGCACUCCAUUCAAGUGAUAAGGGACUGAUCACAAAGAUAAACAAAGAACUCACAGGGCUCAACAAAAACAAAAUAAACAAUCCAGUCAAGAAAUGGGCAGAAGAACUCAAAAGACAUUUCUCCAAAGAGGAAAUGCAAAUGGCCAACAGGCAUAUGAAAAAAUGUUCAACAUCCCUUAUCAUCAGGGAAAUGCAAAUCAAAACCACACUGAGAUACCACCUUACACCAGUAAGAAUGGCACAUAUCAAAAAAACAACAACAAACGUUGGCAAGGAUGUGGUGAAAAAGGAACUCUCCUACAUUGCUGGUGGGAGUGCAAACUGGCCCAACCAUUGUGGAAAGCUGUCUGGAGGUUCCUCAGUCUACUAAAAAUGGAGCUACCAUAUGACCUGGCAAUUCCACUGCUAGGGAUCUACGCAACGGACACAAAAACAUUGAUUCAAAAGAGCACCUGUACCCCUAUGUUUAUUGCAGCACUAUUUACAAUAGGUAAAACCUGGAAACAACCCAGAUGCCCAAAAAUAGAUGACUGGAUCAAGAAGGUGUGGUAUAUAUACACAAUGGAAUAUUAUUCAGCAAUCAAAAAAGAUAAACUCGUGCCAUUCGCAGCAACGUGGAUGGAGCUAGAAGGAAUUAUGCUCAGUGAAAUAAGCCAGAAGGAAAAAGAAAAAUAUCGAUGGUUUCACUUAUAGCAGGAAUAUAGGGGAACCAAAUAAGACACCAGUGUAAAAAAAUAACAACAGUACAAAACACAACAAAGCAAAAGCAGACAAUUAUAAACCAGAGACAUCCUGCAGGGGAGGAGGAGGGA